CAGAUUCUCCACAACUGAAUGUUUUAUGUUGCUGCUAUCAAUAAGUCUCUGCAGGGAAUGGUCUUUAAUAAAGCUUUGGAUUCGGGUAGAAGUUUGAGAAUUUGCAGCAGGCCAACCCUUUUCAGUGUUAAUCUUGAACUCAAAGCUUCUGCAGACAUUGGUUUUCGAAAAUGAAGCUGAAUGGCUAAUGCAUUAUGUAAAGGGAGCGUCUUGAGGCAGCUGGUAUUGCCAAAACUGCACCUUUUGGAUAUUUGGUGAUUUCAAUGUAUAUAAGGAGGCUUCAACUGCUUCUGAUGGAUUUAUAUGUUCACAGAGUUAGCGGGAGAUAUCAUGGGGCAUGUCUGAAAGAAAAAUGCAUUUAUCUAGCUAGAGGCCAUACUCGAGUCUUGGUUCUGUGGUAGAAGCUGCCAAGAGAAGGAAAAAUGGCUGAACAUAGAGACUGAACACCACAGUAUAGAGCAAGUCUACAGUCAUUCAAUGACAAGAUGAAAACCUACAAAGGGAUGAUCAGUCCAGAUGUAAUGUUGAGGUUGAAUAGGACACCAUUCUGGGAGAUCAUUUAUGUCUUCCAUCACGGGCUUUUAAAAGACAAUGAAUGCAGAAAAGUAGAUGAGGACAUUCAUAGAAUGGUCAAGACAUACGACGUCAAUUAGAAAGGGUUUCUGCUUGGGGAAAGGAUACUGAAAAUAACCCGUGAAGAUGUAGCUAUCUGCCUUGGAAUGCGAUUGGAAGGUGUCACAUUCGAGCUAAACAAGCAUCACCAGAAGCCAACGAAGAAUCACAUCAUCGACAAGUAUUUUGGAGAUGCAAAGAAAGUGACAAAAGCGAUGGUCGAUAGUGCACUUGCCGAAUCUUUGAAAGACCCAAGGAAUCAAGUCGCAAGUGAGGUGGCAUCGCUAAUCGUCAUGAGUCUGUUCGUAUCCUUCUUGUUCUGCACCUCAGGUUCUACAUUGUCCUGGAAGUUGGUAGAAAUUUGCACCGAAUUGAAUUCUUGGCGACGAUAUUCAUGGGCAACCUUAGUAUUAGACCACCUGCACAAUGGUCUAUGUAAGAAGCAGAAAGACAAAGAUGUCAAUUUGUCAGGUUGUUUGCCGCUAAUCAUGUAUUGGUUAGCUAAGAAGACAAAGAUGGGAGGAGCAAUCAAGAAAAAUGAAUUAGGGUCGCCAAAUUUCAUAAGAUGGUCACUCGUCGAGCUGCACAAAGAAAUGGAGAAACUAACCAACGAGCAGAUAGAGGAAAUGUUUGACCGAAAGCUGACAGAGGAAGACUUGGAAGUGGCAAUGAAUGACAUCAGAGGCAGAAACAGAGGAGUAGCAUCAGAUGAAGAGUUGAGGGAGGAAGACUUUGUAACUCCAACUUUUGGAGAUUGGCACCAGAAAACCACCUAAGAACGGCGAAAAGAAGAAGCAAAAAGUCAGAAGAGAAUGAAGGACUUAAUAGGCUCGAUGGAAGAAGCAACAACUCAGAUGAGUCUUUCACAAGAAGAAAACCAGAAAACUCAAGACUUGUUGAAGAAGUUGACCGAAGAGAAUGAAAAGCUAGCAAGGCAGAAUGAUAGAUAUUGGGAGAUGUUGGACAAAGCCUUUGAGGAAGACAAUAUAGCAACAAGGAAGGUACAGAUCUUGCAGAACAAAUUGUUGAAGAAGUGGAAAGUUUUUACAACCAUUGAGAAGGAAAAAAAGAACUUGGAGGACGUCAUUGAGCUGCAGAGAGAAAUGAUACACAAUCUGGAAAAUGAAUUGCUGGAAAUGGAAAGAAAGCUAUUGGAGAAAGAUAUGUUGGAUUCUCAAGAGGAUUUACGAAAAGAUGAUAUAGAAAACAGUAACAGUGAUGGUGAGGAUGGUGAGGAAGAGGGUGGAGAAGGAGCUGAUGGUGAAGAUGGCGCAGCGGAUGGACUUGAUUAUUUUAUAUGGCUGGUCCCAAGUUCGAAUCCUGCUGUCAACAUGGACUGUUUUGAGUUUUUUUUUUCGUUCUUUUUUUUUUUUUUUUGGUCUGGAACAUUUGUUUCAUACUUUUUAUUCGUUUGUAAGUAACACUAUACUUCUUUUUAAUUUUAA